CGCCCGUUUGUGCGCGCGCCCGCCGGGUCUCUGCCCGCAGCUCGUUAUGGCGGCCCCUGGAACUCCAGGGGGUUCCAUCCUGAAAGAUGUAGUGGCCUAUGUUGAAGUGUGGUCAUCCACUGGAGCAGAAAAUUAUUCAAAGACAUUUACAAACCAACUUAUAGACAUGGGGGCAAAGGUCUCAAAAACUUUUAACAAACAAGUAACUCACGUUGUGUUCAAAGAUGGUUAUCAGAGCACUUGGGACAAAGCUCAGCAGAGAGAGGUAAAGCUUGUCUCAGUGCUGUGGGUUGAAAAAUGCAGGACAGCUGGAGUACACGUCGAUGAAUCAUUAUUCCCUGCAGCUAAUUCUAAUGAACACUUACCAAGUCUAAUUAAAAAAAAACGUAAGUGUAUGCAGCCCAAAGAUUUUAUUUUUAAGACACCAGAAAAUGAUAAAAGAUUUCAGAAGAAAUUUGAGAAAAUGGCUGAAGAACUACAAAGGCAGAAAACAACUCUAGAUAAUGAUGUACCUGUUCUCUUAUUUGAAUCUAAUGGUUCAUUAAUAUAUAGUCCCCCAAGUAAUAGUAGUAGUCACCACAGCACAGUGGAGAAGAGAUUACAACAGAUGAAGGAAAAAAGGGAAAAUCUUCCCCCUACCUCUUGCCAAGUCAUCAAACACCCUCAUGAAAAUCCAGGUAACUCUGUGUGUGAAGCAUCUUUGAACAAUUCACAUACUACUUUGGGUUCAGAUGAAUCCUUUGCUGGUGGUUUAUACUCAUCUUUUGAUGCUCUUUGUGGAAACUCAGUUUGUGGAAAUCAAGAAAGGAAAUUAGGAGGAUCCAUUAAUGAAAUUAAAACUGAUAUGUGUGUUUCUUCACCUGUACUAAAAGCAUAUUGUAUUAAUUCAUCAGCAUCUUCCACUUACCUCAGCCAAUUAAGUCCUCAGAAAUCGAUGAGUAAUUUUUCCAAGAAAGAGAGAAAUUGGCAAAGACAUUCUUGUGCUGAAAUAGUCACCCCUGAUAGACAGCGAGCCGAAGAGGUCCCUAAAGAGAUGUUUGAUGAGAAGUAUAGUUUGUCUCCUACAUUAUCUUUGAAGAAAGGCCACCUUUUAGUGCAUUCAGCAAAACCCAAGAGUUCCUCAGUAAAGAGGAAAAAAGCAUCAGAGGACUUACAUUCAAUUCCAAAAGAAAAACUAAAAAGAAAGAGAUCUACCAGGAGAUCCAUCAUGCCAGGGCUGCAGCUGUGUCAGUUGGAAAGCAGCCUGCAGCCCAUGACCAGAUCUGCUGCAGAGAGUCUUGAUUGCUGGGAGUCCUCCUACGAUGAUUAUUUUUCACCUGAUAAUCUUAAGGAAAGACAUUCAGAGAGUCUUCCUCAGUCUCAGCCACCAUUAAGCCCUGCUCUUUUCAGCUGCAAAAGUCUUUCUAAAAGGGAGAGAAUCAGCAUAUUAGAAAUGUCUGAUUUUUCCUGUCUUGGCAAAAAUACCACACCAGCCAGUACUGAUUUAAUAGCAAAACCCAGCUCCAAUCUGCAGAAAACUGCAAAUGAUGAAGGUGGUACAACUUUGAGUUGCACUACAUCUGAGGAAACAUCUGCCAGUAAGGAAGCUCCAGUGUGUUUUCGACAGGCUGGCCCACAGGGAGAAGACACCUGCCCAGGUGGACAUAGCUUUUCCUGUGCCAUUGACAACCCUAUUCAUCUAGAAGGACCUCAUGGAGAUUUAUCUUCUUUGAAAGGAAGGUAUAAUGAAAUUAAUGAAGUAGUUGAUAUAAAAAGCACACAGAAAGAAGGUGCCACUUCCAAAAUGUUGAACUCUUCUGAAGGUGAAGCACAAAAUAACUAUAGACUAUAUUCUGUAGAUGACUGUAAUGUGGAAAAUUUAACAGAAGAAAAGGAAAACUUAGCCAGAAGAUAUAGUGAAAAUAAUGUUAACAGUCGACCAGCAGGGCAUGAUGUUUUACAUGACUCGUGUGAGAGCUCAAAGGACCUCAUCAGACCUCAUGAAGAAUCAAAGAAAAAUGGAAAAAGCACAAAGCCAACAAGAACAUUAGUCAUGACAAGCAUGCCAUCUGAAAAGCAAAAUGUUGUCAUCCAGGUGGUGAAUAAACUGAAAGGCUUUUCAUUUGCUCGGGAAGUCUGUGAGACCACCACUCAUGUGCUUUCCGGGGAGCCUCUUCGCACCCUGAAUGUGCUGCUGGGAAUUGCACGCGGCUGCUGGGUUCUCUCUUAUGAAUGGGUACUGUGGUCUUUGGAAUCGGGUCAUUGGAUUUCUGAGGAGCCAUUUGAAUUGUCUACCUACUUCCCUGCAGCUCCUGUGUGCCGACACAGGCGCCAUCUGUGUGAAGGGCAGUACCGGGGGACGCUCUUUGCCGACCAGCCAGUGCUGUUCAUCUCACCAGCCAGCAGCCCGCCCAGGGCCAAGCUGGGUGAACUGGUCCACCUGUGCGGAGGCCACGUCAGCCAAGUCCCCCGCCAGGCCAGCAUCUUCAUCGGACCCUACAGCGGGAAGAAGAAAGCCACAAUCAAGUAUCUGUCGGAAAAAUGGAUCUUAGAUUCCAUCACUCAGCACAAGAGACAGAGUCUCACUUUAUGGCCCUUGGUAGAGUGCCGUGGCCUCACACAGCUCACAGCAACCUCCAACUCCUGGGCUUAAGCGAUUCUCUUGCCUCAGCCUCCCGAGUAGCUGGGACUACAGGCGCCCGCCACAACGCCCGGCUAUUUUUUGGUUGCAGUUUGGCCACAACGCCCGGCUAUUUUUUGGUUGCAGUUUGGCCGGGGCCGGGUUUGAACCCGUCACCCUCGGUAUAUGGGGCCGGCGCCUUACCGACUGAGCCACAGGCACCACCCCAUUUGUGUGACUUUCUAAUAACUGGAUUUGUGUUCUAGAGAUGCCUUAGCUGUUCCUUUCUGGGCCUUUUCUAUGUAAUACCAGUCUUUGUAUCUUAGCUUUUUGUUGCUUUCGUUUGGUUUGGAUUUUGAGAAAAGGUCCCUGUCACCCAAGCUACAGUGCCAUGGUGUCAUCAUAGCUCACGGCAACCUCCAACUCAAGGGCUCCAGCGAUCCUCCUGCCUCAGCCUCCCAAGGAACUGGAAUCACAGGUGAUAAUCCAACUGGCUUUACUUCUAUAAACUCAGUUUAUGGAGAGCGUCACAGACAAGAGGUCACAAUCUCCACUGGCCACUUGUAACUUACUGUCUGCAAGAGGCAAUUAGCAGCUGGGGCCCACAGAAGAAAAGCUGAUUGACCAGUCACUUUCUAAAUGAGAGAAACGCUAAUGCCGCAAGGCUGACGGGCCACAAGACCUCCUUGUGGUCCUCCUCCCUCUUGGAGUGGUUUAUCUCUUGCUCAUCUCAGCUGCCAUUUUUAUCUCAACCUUCAAGUCCCUGGACAAACACAAUGUAUCCAACUUCUAGAAAUAAACCUUUGAGAAGGAGGUAGCAGUGCAUCUGUACAUCAUGAAGGGUUUCCUGCUGGUUUUGAAGCAAUGUGUGCACCCAGAUAAUCUUCAUAUCCUCCUUCUCUAAAGCAGUUGAGAGCACUUCACGUAUGGCCCAUGCUGUCCACAGCACCCAGGCAGGCGACCUCGUCUCAGGCGCCUGGCAGAACUCCCGCAAUACCAGAAAUUAUGCUGACUCAUACCAGGGACUAGCCACAAAGAACUGCACUCCCCACCCAUCAGACACAGGUGCCACCUCGCCACUGGCCCGCCCCAGCCUGAGCCCUGAGGCUGGCCAGUGGCCAGUCACGAUUCUCUUUGUACAAACUAACAGUUAUGAGGACUGACUCGUGCUGCGACAUACACUGAGCGUGUUAUGUGUGGUUCCUCACUUGUCUUCCUAACAAUCCUGUGAAUUAGUUGCUACAGGUCCGUUAUGCAAUCUCUUACUCCAAACAUUGUGGGGCUAAAAGUUCUCAGAAUUCCAAUUUUUUAUUUUUAGUUUUGAAAGAUACAUGGCUCUCACCACUUCUAUUCUAUAUCAUUGUACUAACGAUUCUACCCAAAGAAGGCAAGAAAAAGAAAUUAAAGGCAUACAGAUUAGAAGUAAAGAAAUAAACUCUUUAUUCUAUAUUACAUGAUACUAUACCAAUUUUAAGAAAUGCCAAAAAAAACCUACUAGAACUUAGUAAGUUUAAUAAGAUUAUAUGAUACAAAAAAUAUAUAUAAAACUAACUGAACUGUAUCAAAUUUCUUUAUACUAUCAGUACAACUCUAAUAGGGCAUGCACCGGUUGUCCCAGGUGCUCAGGGGCCUUUAGCCUGGAAUUUGAAGGCAGCCUGGAUAACACGUCAAGACCGUGUCUCAAGAAACAAAACAUUCCAUUUACAAUAGCAUCUAAAAAUAAAAUAAGAAUAAAUCUGGCAAAGGAAACGUAACACCAAUAUACUGAAGCCUACAAAACAUUGCUGAGAUAAAUUAAAUAUCUGAAUAAAUGGAGGAAUAUACAAAGCUAUUGACCAGAAGAUGCAGUAUUAUUAAGAUUGCCUUUCCCUUCAGAUUGGCCUGUAGAUUCAGUGCAAUCACCAACAAAAUCCCAGUUGUCUUCUUUGUAGAAUUUGAAAAGUUGAUGCUAAAAUUUAUAUGAAAAUGUAAAGAAAAGCUAGUAAACAAAACAUUUUUUUUAAAAGAGGAUUUUCAGGCUCAGUGCCUGUAGCUCAGUGGUUAGAGCGUCAGCCACAUGCAAUGGGGAUGGUGGGUUCAAACACAGCCAGGGCCUGCUAAACAAUGACAACAACAACAACAAAAAUAGCCGGGCGUUGUGGCGGGUGCCUGUAGUCCCAGCUACUUGAGAGGCUGAGGCAAGAGAAUUGCUUAAAGUUUGAGAUUGCUGUGAGCUGAGAAACUACAGCACUCUACCGAGGGCAACAAAGUGAGACUCUGUCUCAAAAGAAAAAAAAGGGAUUUUCAGUACCUGAUUUCAAGAGUUAUUAUGGCAAUCAUGAAGUGUCAUAUUGCAUAAGAAUAGACACGUGAACCAAAGGAGCAGAAUAGAGAAUCUGGGUAUAAAUCCUCAUAUUUAUUGUCAGUCAACUUUCAACAAAGGUGCCAAAGCAAUUCAAUGUACUAAUAUUCUUUUCCACAAACAGUGAUGGAAAAAAGAAAAAACAAUGUGCUGAGAUCCUUACUUCACACCAUACCCCAAAAUUAACUCAACCUGGACCAAGUCAGGGUCUGUCAAGCUCAGCACACUGACAUUCAGGAUUGGGUAAUUCUUUGCCAUGGGGACUGUAGUUUGCUUAGUGCCACCCUCGGCCACCACCUGUUUGAUGCCACCACACCCCACCUGGUGUGUGACAGUCCAGAAUGUCUUCAGAGAUUCCCAAAUGUUCUCUGGAGAGCAAGGCUGUUCUUCUAGCAGAAACUCAGCAACUGCUGUACAUUAGUCAAUUAGGGAAUAAAACAGCAGCACGGGAGGGUGAGGUGGCUGAGAGCAGGCCUCUAGCCAGACCCUGCUGCCAAUGCUGUUUGAGUAUCAGGGAUUCAGAGCAGAGAGAGUUUACGUGUUCACAUUCCGUUUACUUAUGAGCUGGAAUUUUACUUAGCCAGGGACCUCCACGCUCAUAGUCACCAGCAGUGUCAGCCACACUUGUCCCUCCUGAGCCCACUAAGGCAGGACCCCUGGGGAAGCACCCCAGCUAACUCUCACACACCCGCCGUCUGUGACCAUCUGGCCGUGCGCCGUCCUGAAGCAGCACCUAAUAACGGGCUCCUGGGCACCCGAACACCCACGUCCACGAGGACAAAAUCCACAUUUAACAUCUGGUCUUUGAGGAGAAAAGGAAAACAAAGGCAUAUUACAGAGAAUUAAGGUAACGAGAUUCAUAGUGUAAAACAAAAGCAAAAUGUGUGAAAUUCUACCACACCAUGAAACAGCCCUAUUUUUUAAUUUUAUUUAUUUAUUACUUUUUGGGGGGAGGAGACAGUCUCACUUUAUCACCCUCAGUAGAGUGCCGCGGCAUCAUAGCUCACAGCAACCUCAGAUUCCUGGGCUCAAGCAAUUCUCUUGCCUCAGACUCCCGAGUAGCCGGGACUACAGGCGCCUGCCACAACACCCAGCUAUUUUUAGAGCCUGGGUCUUCCUCUGGCUCAGACUGGUCUUGAACUCCCUACCUCAGCCUCCCAGAGUGCUAGGCUCACAGGUGUGAGCCACCAUGCCUGGCAAAACAGCCCUAUUUUAUAGAGCAUAUUAUUCAGUAUUGUGUAUUAUAUCAUGGCGGGUUAAUCACUUCAGGUGAACAUAAAUAUCAUUUCUCUGUGUAUAAAGCCAUAAAUAGUUUAUUUCACAUAGCAAGUGGGGUAACAAUCACAAACAUUAAUUUUUCUCUUUUUUUGUCAUUACUUCCUUAUGUGACAUUUCCUUUAAUUAGAGGGAGUCAUAUUAAAAAGUAUAGGUUUUGUUCGGAGAGAAUAUAAAGAAAAAAGAAAAAGAAACACAAUGGUUAAGCAGUAGUUUUAAUGACCUAAAAACUCUUCUGCUACUAUAUGCCUACAAAAUACUGAAGAAAAUAGACAAGAUUCUUCACUUAUUUUUAUUUUUAUUUUAGUUUAGUUUUUUUUUUUUGAGACACAUUGUGUUGUGUCUCAACAGACUCAUUUUUGAGACUCAUUCUGUUGCUCUAGGCUAGAGUCCGGUGGCAUCACAGCUCACAGCCACCUCAAAGUCCUGGGCUCAAACGAUCCUGUUUCUUGCCUCAGUCUCCCAAGUAGUUGGGACUAUGGGCAUGUGCCACCACACCCAGCUAAAUUUUUUUUUUUGAAACAGAGUCUGACUCUGUCGCCCUCAGUAGACAAAGUGCCGUGGUGUCACAACUCACAGCAACCUCAAACUCUUGGGCUUAAGUAAUUCUCUUGCCUCAGCCUCCCAAGUAGCUGGGACUACAGGUGCCUGCCACAACGCCAGGCUAUUUUUGUUGUUGUCAUUGUUGUUUGGUAGGCCAGAGCCAGGUUCGAACCUGCCAGCCCCAGGGUAUGUGGCCCUAAGCACUGAGCUACGGGCACCAAACCUAAUUUUUUUAUUUUUAGGAGAGACAGGAUCUCACUUUUGCUAAGGCUGGUCUUGAAUUCCUGAGCUCAAGCAAUCCAACUGCCUUAGCCUCUCAGAGUGCUAGAAUUAUAGGCAUGAGCCACCCAUCUGGCCUUUGUUUGUUUGUUUUUAGACUCACUCUGCAGCCCAGGCUGGAGUGCAAGGGCCUGAUCAUACCCCACAGCAAACUCCUAGGUUCAAGAGAUCCUCCUGCCUCAGCCUUCUAAGUUGCUGGGACUACAAGAGCACACCACCACACCCAGCUAAAUUUUAUUUUUUUAGACAUAGGAUUUUGUUAUGUGGCCCAAGUUAGUCUAAAAUUCCUGGCGUCAAGCCAUAUGCCUGCCUCAGCCUCCCUAAGAGCUGGGAUUAUAGACGUGAGCCAGCACACUAGGCACAAGCUGUUUUCUCAGCGUAUUUGCAGAGCUCAUAACACAGAAUGGAAAUCCCCAGACUGUGGAGCAAGGAAGGAGCCAGUCUGGGCUGAGCCAGGGUUUGGGUCCAGCGCUGCAGCCCAGGGAGAAGAGAGUGGGGCUCUGGGGAAGCAAGGGCCUGGGUUUUAGUGGCAAAUAGGGUCAGCGGACGAGACUAUGGCCUGAGAGAAGAAAGUGGCAUUAGAGCUAAGACCUGCUAAAUAAAACCAAAUUUCUAGAAGAGUACAAACCCAGACGAGGAGAAGGCUGGGUAAAACUGCACCCGUUGCCAAAGAAGCUGGACCACCUGGCUCAGAGCACCAAUCAGGGAAACAAAAAAGGAAACUCAAUUAGUUAAGGUGAUAGCUUUCAUAUGGGCCAUGUGUUCUAAACUAAAAACAAUUUAGAAAAUCAAUGAUAUGAGAAAGGUUAAAAAUUAUAAGUUUGAGGCUCAGCAUUUUAGCUCAAGCAGCUAAAAUGCCAGCCACAUACACCAGAGCUGGUGGGUUCAAAUCCAGCCCAGGACUGCCAAACAAUGACAACUACAAUCAAAAAAUAGCUGGGCACUGUGGCGGGCACCUGUAGUCUCCACACUUGGGAGACUGAGGCAAGAGAAUCGCUUAAGCCCAGGAGUUUGAGGUUGCUGUGAGCUGUGAAGCCACGGCACUCUACCCAGGGCAACAGCUUGAGGCUCUGUCUGAAAAAAAAAAAAAAAAUUAUAAGUUUGAAAACAUACUUAUAAAUAAUUGAUACAUCAAAAGAAAUUAUAAUGGAAAUGAAAAAAAUAUUUGAAACUGAAAAAAAUCCUGAUACGAGCCAAAGCAAUAUUUAGAGGGAAAUAUAUGGCCAUAAUUGUUCAUAUUAAUAAAGGGAAAAAUACCUAAGAAUUCAUUAGCUAAAUAUUUAUUGAAAACAGUAGAGAAAGAACUACAUAGUAAAUCAAAGAAAGUGACAAGAAGGAAAAAUAAAGUCAAGAGCAGAAGUUGAAAAAAAUAAAAACUUCCAAAAAGAAUCCACUAAUCAAAAGAUAAUUAUUAGAGAAGACUGAUUUUUAAAAAGGCCAAUUUUUGAAAGUUUGAUCAAAGUUAAGAAAAAGAGAAGGAAUAAAACAAUAUUGGGCAUGAAAAGGGGAAAUACAACUGGUUGUAAAUGAAGUGUUAUUUUCCCUGUUCUUAAUUUUAAUUCUUCCAUUGCUUUGUUUAAAACUAUAAAGUAUGUUUUUUGUAUCAACUUGAUAGCAUCUACUGUUAUCCCUCUAAUAUUUAUUUGAACUGUUAACUGAGACAAGAAUUAAAAUUAUUGACCUGAAACUAAACAAAA